CAUUUAUUUCACAUUUAGUUUCCAAGUCCUACCUGGGAAUUUAAAAAGAAAGUCUAGAGAGAGUAACGGUGUCGUUUUCAUCUAUCUAUAACGCAGAGGCGACCUGAGAUCAAUACCAACAAAAACUUCAAACGGCGACGAUGUGGAGAAGAAUCUGCUCUUCACACCUCAAAACCCUAGCACUUGCUCAUGCUCAAUCUUUCUGUCGAUCUGCCUCUGUUGCUCCUUCAAUCGCUCUCUCCGCUAAUCGAUCCCUCGUUUCUCCCCCACUCUUCGCCGUUCGCCUCCUCUCCUCCCAACCAGAGACGUCUGUGAAGAAGAAGGUUGAGGAUGUUAUGCCUAUUGCUACCGGACAUGAGCGGGAGGAACUCGAGGCUGAACUUGAGGGAAGGGAUGUUCUUGAGAUAAACCACCCUGUUGGACCGUUUGGCACGAAGGAAGCACCUGCUGUUGUCAAAUCAUACUAUGACAAGAGAAUAGUCGGCUGCCCUGGAGGUGAAGGCGAAGAUGAGCAUGAUGUUGUCUGGUUUUGGCUGGAGAAAGGCAAGCCACAUGAAUGCCCAGUCUGCACACAGUACUUUGUGCUGGAAGUGGUAGGCCCCGGAGGGCCACCAGAUGGGCAUGGAGAUGAUGAUCACCAUCACUGAUUGCAUCUGUUGAUUUUCGUAUUGGAAUAAAAAUUCAGGGGGCGAUGAGGCAAUUUCCAAUAUAGGCUGGAGCUUCAAAAGUUGAAAAGCUUUUGUAUUGUUUGUUUUGGAUUGGUCCCUAAUUCUUAUGGCUGUUACUUUCCCAAAGAUCGGGAUGGUAUAAUUUUUGUGGUUUGUUAGACACAGGUCAGUUGUCUGUUGGAACUAUGGAUCUUAUUAGGUUUUCCUUUAAUGCAUUGCCAAAUAAUGAUGGCUACAUUUCAA